GGCUAUCUUCUCUUUUUACAAGUUUUUGCACUGGGUUUGUCAUAUCCAAGACUACAAUUAUUUAUUUAAUUAAUUUGAAGAUUGAAAAAAAGAUAAAUAUAAUUAAAAAUGGUGUCCCUAAACCCAGUAAGAAUUCUUAAACAAGAAGCAGAAGAAGAAAGAGCUGAAAUUGCUCGCUUGAGCAGUUUUGUUGGUGCCAUUGCUAUAGGAGAUUUGGUUAGAAGUACCUUGGGGCCGAAGGGAAUGGAUAAAAUUUUAGUAUCCAGCGGACGAAGUGCAGGACACGUAGAAGUAACUAAUGAUGGAGCUACUAUAUUAAAAUCUGUUGGUGUAGAUAAUCCAGCAGCGAAAAUUCUUGUUGACAUGUCAAAAGUACAGGAUGAUGAAGUUGGAGAUGGCACCACAUCAGUUACAGUUUUGGCAUCUGAAUUGUUAAAAGAGGCAGAAAGGUUAGUUGAACAGAAAAUUCAUCCUCAGACUAUAAUUGCUGGAUGGAGAAAAGCAGUUGAUGCUGCAAGAAAGGCCUUAUUAGAUGCUUCCAAAGACAAUAGUGCUAACCUGGAAGCAUUCAAAGAAGAUCUGAUGAAUAUAGCAAGGACCACAUUAAGUUCAAAAAUCCUCUCACAACACAAGGAACACUUUGCCAAACUUACUGUAGAUGCAGUAUUGAGAUUAAAGGGUUCUGCUGAACUGCAAUCCAUCCAGCUGAUUAAAAAAACUGGAGGUACUUUGCAAGAUUCUUUUUUGGAUGAGGGUUUCCUUUUAGAUAAACGGCCUGGUGUUCAUCAGCCCAAGAGAGUAGAAAAUGCAAGAAUUUUGAUUGCCAAUACACCCAUGGACACUGACAAAAUUAAAGUAUUUGGGUCACACAUUAAAGUCGACUCUAUGGCAAAAGUAGCAGAGCUGGAAUCUGCAGAGAAGGACAAAAUGAAAGAUAAAGUUAACAAAAUCUUGAAACACAAUGCAAAUGUAUUCAUUAAUAGACAACUUAUUUACAACUAUCCUGAACAGCUGUUUGCUGAUGCUGGAGUAAUGGCUAUUGAGCAUGCAGAUUUUGAUGGUAUUGAAAGAUUAGCACUUGUUACAGGAGGAGAAAUAGUCUCAACUUUUGACCACCCAGAGCUUGUCAAAUUAGGCACUUGCAACUUAAUCGAACAAAUUAUGAUUGGAGAAGAUACUCUUCUACGUUUUAGUGGAGUUGCUCUAGGAGAAGCUUGUACCAUAGUCAUUCGUGGAGCUACCAGACAAAUCAUUGAAGAAGCAGACCGUUCCAUACACGAUGCUCUUUGUGUACUUGCUGCAACCGUCAAAGAAAGUAGAAUCGUUUAUGGUGGUGGAUGUAGUGAGACAUUGAUGGCUACUGCUGUGACUAAAGCUGCUGCCAACACUCCAGGAAAAGAAGCAGUUGCCAUGGAAGCCUUCGCCAGGGCUUUACUUCAACUACCUACCAUUAUCGCUGAUAAUGCAGGUUAUGAUUCUGCACAGCUGAUAAGUGAACUAAAAGCUGCUCACAACAGUGGCCUUAACACUAUGGGACUCAACAUGGACAAAGGAGAGGUGGGAGAUAUGAAAACUUUGGGAAUCACAGAAUCUUUUGUUGUAAAGAGGCAAGUGUUGGUGUCUGCUGCAGAGGCAGCUGAAAUGAUUCUUCGUGUUGAUGAUAUUAUCAAGGCAGCGCCUAGAAGGAGGACAGAAGACAGAGGGAUGUGCUAG